UUCCUGGCUUAUAAAUAUUAGGCCAUAUAUCCAAAGCUUCAUAGCAGAGUCCAAAUCAAAGCACAUCUUUUUGUCAGUUCAUCUGCCAAACCAAACACACCCCCACAAUCAUGGCCGGCAUCAAAGUCCAUGGAACCCCUUUCUCAACGGCAGCAGCUCGAGUUUUGGCUACCCUCUAUGAGAAAGAGGUUGAAUUCGAGUUUGUUCCGAUAGACAUGAGAGCUGGUGAACAUAAAAAGGAGUCCUUCCUUGCCCUCAAUCCAUUUGGUCAAGUUCCAGCUUUUGAAGACGGAGAUCUUCAGCUCUUUGAGUCAAGAGCAAUUACACAAUACAUUGCCCAUGAGUAUGCUCCAAAGGGAACCCCGCUGAUUUUCCCAGACUCAAAGAAGAUGGCAAUUCUAUCAGUGUGGACAGAGGUGGAGGCUCAAAAAUACGACCCAGUAGCUUCAAAACUGACAUUUGAGCUAGUUAUAAAACCUCUGAUGCUUGGCUUGGCCACAGACUUCACAGUCGUGGAGGAAUUUGAAGCUAAGUUGGGUACAGUUCUCGAUGUCUAUGAGGCUCGUCUGGGCAAAUCGAAAUACUUGGGAGGUGAUUGCUUCAGCUUGGCAGAUCUUCACCACCUUCCAACCACAGACUACUUAAUGGGAACACAAGUCAAGAAGCUGUUCGAGUGCCGCCCAAAUGUUAGCGCAUGGGUAGCUGAUAUCACAGCAAGGCCUGCUUGGAAAAAAGUCGUUGCCAUGAGAGCUCACUAAAGACUGCUGUAGCUCACUACUGGACAGUCCCAUAUCUUCAAUGGUUACCUGUGUCCUGGCAUCAUAUGUGUUUGCCUUUUCAUUUCCUCCAUUAAGUUAGAGCAGAGUGUUUAGAACUUCUUGUUGUACGCCUUUGAGCUUUUAUCUCUCGUCUUCCAUGUGAAAUUCGAUGCCUUCUGCCUUUGCUUGUCAGCUUUGACAAUUUGUUUUGGGUGUUUGAAGUCUGUGUUUGCCAUUUACUCAUGCUACAAGCUGAGCACUGGAAAUUCACAUCACAGUAAACUUACUGCAAUGAGUUAAACAGUAACAUUCCAAUUCAAUAAUGGAAACUGCUGAUAGGCAGAGAGAGAGAAUUCCAAGAAA